CAUUGCUUUGGCGCCGUCUGGGGAGCGCGAGCCCGCGGGUGGCGCGCAGCGCAUGGUGGCAGCGCCUCUCGGAGCGCAGCCGACCCGCUGACCCGGGCUCGGUUCCCCCUGCCUGGCGCGCCCAGGCGCCCGGCUGGAGGAAGAAACAGCAGCAGCACUAAUAGCAGCAGCGGCGGCAGCUGCUUUGCCGCCGCGGUCUCCGCGGGAGCAUGGAGUGCGCCCUGGACGCCCAGAGCCUGAUCAGCAUCUCCCUGCGCAAGAUCCACAGCUCCCGGACCCAGCGCGGCGGCAUCAAGCUGCACAAGAACCUCCUGGUGUCCUACGUGCUCCGCAACGCGCGCCAGCUCUACCUGAGCGAGCGCUACGCCGAGCUCUACCGGCGCCAGCAGCAGCAGCAGCAACAGCAGCAGCCUCCCCACCACCAACACCAGCACCUAGGGUACGCGGCUCCGGGCAUGCCGGCCAGCGCGGCUGACUUCGGCCCGCUCCAACUUGGCGGCGGCGGGGACGCGGAGGCGCGCGAGCCGGCCGCCCGGCACCAGCUGCACCAGCUCCACCAGCUCCACCAGCUGCACCUCCAGCAGCAGCUGCACCAGCACCAGCACCCGGCGCCCAGGGGCUGCGCGGCAGCGGCGGCGGCCGGGUCGCCCGCGGGCGGCGCGGGGGCGCUCUCGGAGCUGCCCGGGUGCGCAGCGCUCCAGCCGCCUCACGGCGCGCCCCACCGCGGGCAGCCCUUGGAGCCGCUGCAGCCGGGUCCUGCGCCGCUGCCGCUGCCUCUGCCGCCGCCCGCGCCCGCUGCGCUCUGCCUGCGGGACCCUCGCGCCUCGGCUGCCUGCUCCGCGCCCUCUGCACCCCCAGGGGCCGCCCCUCCGGCCGCCGCCGCCGCCUCUCCGCCCGCCUCCCCGGCCCCCGCCUCCUCCCCCGGCUUCUACCGGAGCGCGUACCCGGCCCCCUCGGACUUCGGCGUGCACUGCAGCAGCCAGACCACCGUGCUGGACCUGGACACUCACGUGGUGACUACGGUGGAGAACGGCUACUUGCACCAGGACUGCUGCGCCUCCGCCCACUGCCCCUGUUGUGGCCAAGGCGCUCCGGGACCGGGCCUGGCGUCCACCACCGGCUGCAAGCGCAAAUAUUACCCUGGCCAGGAGGAGGAGGACGAAGACGAGGAGGACGCAGGCGACCUGGGGGCUGAGCCCCCCGGGGGCGCCCCGUUUGCCCCCUGCAAGCGCGCCCGCUUCGAGGACUUCUGCCCGGACUCGUCCCCGGACGCGUCCAACAUCUCAAACUUGAUCUCCAUCUUUGGCUCGGGGUUCUCCGGGCUGGUGAGCCGACAGCCGGACUCCUCGGAGCAGCCGCCGCCGCUCAACGGGCAGCUGUGCGCCAAGCAGGCGCUCGCCAGCCUCGGCGCCUGGACUCGAGCCAUUGUCGCCUUCUAGGGACCCCCGAGGGCACAAGGACCCGGGGCCCCGCGGGGCUGGGGCCAGACAAAGACUUGGCCAAGGGGCUAGAGGAGGGAGCUAGCGGGCGCCGGGCCACUCGGGGCUGAGCUAGGGGCAAACAGGGGGAGGCGGCUGAUGUUUUAUAAAUUGUAAAAUAAAAAAAGAAAUCUAAAAUCUUGGACUUUAUUUUUGCAGAGAGAAAAAGCGCCUAUUUAAGUAUGCUUUGUGUUUCUCCUACUCUUUUUUUUUUUUCUUUUUAUUGUAGUGAUUGCAGUGGUGUUUAGCGUGGAGCCUGCCACGUGAGGGAGGGCUGCUGCCCGGAGGAGGUGCCGGGCAGCCGGGGGCGAGGCAGGGCGCCUGGGCCGCCGGGGCGCGCUGGGGGCGCAGCGCUGGAGGGCGCAGGGCCCGGGACGCAGAUUCCAAUCAGUUGUCAGACCCGGGAAGCUCGACGUUCCGCUCUCUCGAGUCCCUCCGUGGGGGCGGUGUCUUGAACCCCUCUUCUCUCCGCCCCUCUGACUCCGUUCUCCCCUCCUCCAUCCGUCUCCCGGACUCGCGGGUGGCGCCUGACACCCCGACACUCUUCGGACACUGUUUGGGGAAGGGGUGGGGGGCGGGCACGGUGUACUACAUUUCCCAUCAUGCCCUAGCACUGCGGUCCUCACUAAACAAAAAAGGAAGUCGAUUCCUUCACCUGGAUCCCCGGAGGCCCCCAGGGAGGGAGGGGCCGGGACCGCCGACUGCGUUGGAGACUUUUCUCUAAGUUCCUGGUCAGCUGUGGUGUUUGUGUGUGUGCUUCUAAGUUGCACUGCCCUCAUUCAGCCUUUGGUUGCAUUUCAUGAAACCAGCAUUGUUCGAGCCUGUGAGAAUCCCGUCUGUGUCUUCAGCUCUAUAGAUUUUGUUUAAUUUAAAAAGCCUUUUGUUGUAAAAAGGUGGGGUUGGUCUGCAGCCCCUCUGGUUCUUUGCCAUCAGCACCAUGUGAACUCCAAAACAAGUUACCAACCUUCCUUUUUCGGCCCUUCUCCCUCAUUUCCCCUGUAUUUUUGUGCAUACUGAAUUGUAUAUCACCGGGUAAAACUGUUCAGAUUAUUUGUUUAAAUUUAUAAUCUUAAUAAAAAGUCGAU